CUCUCGGCCUCGUCCGUCGCAAAACAAUGGCGAGCGGUAUCGGCAAACACAAGAUACUGAAUGUGGGGCCAACAGAGCCCUGGUCAGUCAGAGAAAAACUGUGCCUGGCCUCCUCUGUUAUGAGGAGUGGAGACCAAAAUUGGGUGUCUGUAAGCAGAGCCAUCAAGCCUUUCUCAGAGCCCGGUCGGCCCCCUGACUGGUUCUCUCAGAAGCACUGUGCGUCACAAUAUUCUGAAUUGCUCGAAGCCACAGAAGCACCAAAGCGGAAGCGAGGCGAGAAGGGUGAAGUGGUGGAGACAAUUGAAGAUGUCAUCGUUCGUAGGUUGACUGCUGAGAGGAUAGAGGAGCUGAAAAAACUACUGCGAGACACGCAGGAGCAGUACAGGAAACUGAAGAAGGAGGUUGAUCUUAUACACACGGGCCACAUGGAUUCCCAGCUGAAGGAGCUGUUGGCAGAGAUCACGCAAAAGAAGAAACAGGAUGAGGAGGAAGCCGAACAGAAGAGGAAAGCCACAGAGAUGGCCUACCAAGCUCGACAGGCCGUAAAAAACACCCCCAAGAGGCUUCCUAGUGUAACCGUGCGCUCUCCUCUGGGCACCAGCCCGUCAAACCUGGACUCUCAGGUGGAUUCUUCAGCUCCCACGCCCCCCAUGGAGACAGGUGGAGCUGCUGCUGACGACCCCACCACCCAUUCAGUCGCUCAGGGCGUUGGAGUGUUUCUGCCGGUGACAGACCCGCCUGGAUCGGUGCCCAAAGACGGAGGCCUGGCUGCGCUAGUAGACGACUCGCCACAGAAGAGACUCUUAACCCAGAAAGCCACGCCGCCACCUUCACCUCUUUUAUCAGAACUGCUGAAAAAGGGGAACCUCAUCUCGGCCACCCCUCGCCUGGUUGCAGAAGGAGACUCCUCUGGAAACCUGAGCAAUGGUGUACAGACCGCCACAGCAGGUACGGUCUUGGCUUCUGGUCACGACGUCAUUACAGAGGGUGAAGCAGAAGCUGUGGUGAAAGCAGAGCUGGGAGAAGAGACUGGAUUAGUAGAGGAAGACCUUGUAGCGGUUUCUUACAUGGGAGAUGAACUGGACCUAGAGACAGUGGGAGGAAUCAUUGCCAUCAUAGAAGAGAAGGUGGACGACUCCGUGGAGGCUUUAGAUGCCGCUGCUGUGGAAGCUGCUCUCUCUCUCUGUGAAGAGGCCGUCUCAGACGGCCACACCCUCCCCGGCCCCUGGGAGACCCAGGAGCUGAAGCCCUCAGACCCCACACCCGCGGUCCAGGACUGCAGCUCCAUACAGGAAUCUCAGGAUGUGGCCUCCAUGUCGGCCCCGACCCCCAGCAGCCUCGAGACGCACAAUCACCUGGACGAUAAAAGAGAAGAACAGUUUAAGAGAAGCGGCGAUGGGGCCGAGGUGACGGGGAAUGCCACGUCUUCCAUGACUUCUGAGGACGGGGCGAUGGGAAGUGAAGUUACGGAGGAGGGGGCCGCAGUGAAGGAGUUCGGUGAGGCGACAGUGAAGAGUGAGGGGGAGGAGUGGAGCCAGCCUGAACCCAACCCACCGUGUCUCGACUCUGAAGACAGUUCUGUGUCUGGAAAAGAGAGCAAGGAGGUGAAGGAGGAAGAGGCGGGGAGUGAGGGCGACCCGGAGGAAGGGAUGGAGCUGAAGGAGGACUGUGUGGAGGGGGAGGGGGAAGGUCCCUACCUGUCCGAGGUGGAGCGGGCCGCCAGCGAGAGCGAGGACGGCUACGGCCCGCCCUCCCAACGCUACACCGCUGAUUCCCUGGCCAGCAGUCCAGCCUCGUCCUCUCAGCUCUCCACGUGUGGAGAGGACCAAGAGGCGGUCCAGGCACAGAAGAUCUGGAAGAAAGCCAUCAUGCUGGUGUGGAGAGCUGCAGCCAACCACAGGUACGCCAGUGUCUUCUUGCAGCCUGUAUCAGAUGACAUCGCCCCCGGUUACCACAGCAUUGUGCACAGACCGAUGGACCUGUCGGCCAUAAAGAAGAACAUUGAGUCCGGGGUGAUUCGUACCACAGCGGAGUUCCAGCGCGACAUCAUGCUGAUGUUUCAGAAUGCCGUCAUGUACAACUCAUCAGACCACGACGUGUAUCACAUGGCUCUGGAGAUGCAGCGGGACGUCCUGGAGCACGUCCAGCAGUUCCUGGCCACCCAGCUCAUCAUGCAGACCUCAGAGAGCGCCAUCUCGGCCAAGAGCCUCCGCGGCAGGGAGGGGAACCGUAAGCCGGGGGAGCCGGCUGAGAAGGACAGUGUCCCAAUGGCCUCUCCUGCUUUCCUUCUCUCUCUCUUUGAUGGUGGCACCAGGGGUCGCCGUAGCGCCAUGGAGGCAGACCUCAAAAUGAAGAAGUAGACUCAACCGUUACAGAACAAGACACUUAGACAUGCAGCUCCCUGGAUAUGAAUGAAGUUGGAAGUCAUUUUAUUCUGUCACUUAGGAUGCUUUUUUCUGGAGAUAGUUGAAGGUUUGUGUGUAUGUGCACAAUUACUCUUCUGUAACUGGGCUUAGACGGGCAUAUAUGUGGAUGAGUGUGUGUGUUGGUGUAUCUGAGAGGGCUGCACAGUUAACUUUUUCUGUUCUUAAGGUUACAGUGCAGCGCUGUAGGGUUUUUACUGCAGGCAGGAACAUGCCAGCGCUCCACUUUCCCCAAGUGUCGCUUAACCAGCAAAAGUAGUCGUCAUCUACCCCUGCUGAUAAAGAAUGAUAACUUUGUAAAAAAGGAAGAAAAAAAAAAGUCAUUUUCACCAGCAAAUGUGUGUUUUAGAUAAAACAAUGAAGGGCCUAAUGACCUGCAUCUCCCAGAUCAGGUUAAAUAGUGUGUGUUAAUUCUGAUCUGUCCAUUCAGUGCAGUUAUGUGGCCAGCUCACAUCUGCUGAAAAUACUCUGGACAACAAAACAGGACAUGAAUAACGCAUCAUUCACUGUUUCACAAAUGACCUGUUGUGCAUGUUGGAGCGAUUCUGCACAAAGCCAUUAAAUCUCAGCCUGAGCAUUGCUGUAACGCCAUCCCAUGGCUCAAAUGGCUCAAGCUGGCCGUUCAUUACAUACAGCGCAUGUUUUAGCCCAUUAAAAUGCAUUUCUGCCAAGCUUUUACAAACCAUCAAGCUUUAGAUUGAAGACAAGGCUAUGAUUAUAUUUAAAGUAAAACCUAUGAGACAUGAAAUGUAGUGGCCAUCGCAAAUGAUUUAUCUUAAAAUUUGCUUUGAAUAACCACCAUUUUCAUUUAGACUUUAGCUCACAGCCCACAGCUUGGUGUAUCCCCGAAGGGCCCAAGAGUUAGAAAAGUGCACCGUCAUGUGCUCACUACUGUUACAAUGUCAUGACAUUGUAACUCUGCUGCAUUUCCUUGACCCCACUGUUAUUUUCAUGUUGUGAAAUUAAUGUAGGCCUAUUGCCAUCCCUUUAACUCAUUAAACCAGUCCGACCAUGAAGCAGGCCGAGAUCUGCAGAGACUGUAUGCUGAAAUGGCAGUAAUGUCCAAACAUGGAUGGGCGUAAACGUGGACAGCGUCGGUGCCGGAGGAGCACCAGUUCAUCUCCACUCAGGAUGUAGCUCGUCUGAGUGCACGCUGUGAAAUGGCAUAGGAAACGUGUUUGUCAUGCGAGUUAGACCGGAGUACAAAUAAAGUUUGUACCUCAGAAGAAUCACAUAGCUGUGUUUGGAUAGUUGAAACAUGUUUUGUUGUACAUUUGUUAAAUAAAGAUUUGAUUUAAGUG